CUAUGUCUAUGUUUCUACCCCACUCAUUGCGUUCGGUCCGCCAAGUUCCUUUAACUCCUUUAACACUUUUAACUCCAAACGACCCUUUUACCGUUAGUUUAGUCCAAUUAGUGACAGUCCUAAAAUUUGUCCCGCUCCAGCCCCUGACUGACCGAACUCGCCUACUCCAGUUCAUUGAUCUGACCCCCGUGUUCUAACCUAAGAAAAAUAGUAAAAACGUACGGUUAAAAGUGUGGAAUAGGGAAUAAAUUUUAAAUUAAACUUACUUCGUAAAUUUUAUACAUAUAAUGGAAGAAAACACAAAAAAUGAGACUAAUUCUGAAAAACAAGACCCAUAUGCCUACUUGGAACGAGACUUUUCAUCAGAAAAUUUUAAAAUUGAAGUAAAAAAUUUGCCUAAAUUUUAUGGAAUGAACGAAUUCCGUAAGUUAUUAAACGAAAAAUUGAAAUUAAAUUCUAAUAAAAUAAAAACCACAAGAAGAAACAGUCCAUUUGCUUUUGUUUGUUUUAGAAAUAAUGAGGAUAGAGAUAAUGCCUUACAGAUUCUCUCUAAGUAUAAAUGGAAAGGAAAAGAGUUACAAGUAUUGAAAGCUAAGCCUGCGCCAGAUCCAUUAGUAAAAAAGCGAAAAAUAGAUUCUGAGGAAAAAUUGUCUAAUAAGAGCAAAUUUGAAGGAACUCAAGAAGAAAGAUUAAAAAAUUCUACAAUUCCUUAUUGGAAUCUUGAACAUAAUGAACAGUUGAAACAUAAACAGGAUGAAAUAAAGAAAUUAAUAAAAAAACUUGGAAAUGAUCUUGUACAUACUAAUCCCGAAUUACAUAAAUGGAUAGAAAAACAAAAAUCUUUGUAUGAUGGUCUUCCAUGUGAAUUAAGUAAUAUAAGAUAUGCAGAUGAUAAUAAUGGAUAUCGAAAUAAAUGUGAAUUUACUGUAGGCAUAGAUGAAGAAACCAAUCUUCCUACAGUAGGAUUUAGGAUAGGUAGUUACGUCAAUGGCACUAUAGGGGUGGGGCCCGUUGACAGUCUUAUUCAUAUCCCUGAUUCCAUGAAAUUGGCUGCCAAAGUAUUUCAAGAUUUUGUCAGAAGUUCUGAUUUGCAAGUAUUUAAUCCAGAAUUUCAUACUGGUCACUUUCGACAGCUAAUGGCGAGAUCUGCUCCUGAUCAAUUGAUGUUAGUUAUUGGAAUACACCCACAAGAUUUGAAUGAAGAAAAGUUAAACGAAUUUAAGAAAGAUGUAGUGGAUUUUUUUAUCAAUAGGAAUGGAAAAAUUGCCAAUGUUACGUCUUUAUAUUACCAAAAAAUAGUAAAAAAAAAUCACAACAAUGAUGUGGCACCAUCAGAACAUCUUUGGGGAGAUACUCACAUAUAUGAAAACAUUUUAGGUUUAAAGUUUAAAAUAUCUCCAGAGGCAUUUUUUCAAAUAAACACAAAAGGGGCUGAAAUUUUAUAUAGCACAGCUAUGGAGUUAGCUGAACCACUUGCCAACACAACAGUUCUGGAUGUUUGUUGUGGCACUGGUACAAUAGGAUUGUGUUUUUCAAAGAAAUGUAAACAAGUUUUGGGAAUUGAAAUUAUACCUCAAGCCAUUGACGAUGCUAAAGAGAAUGCAAAAUUAAACCAAAUAGAUAAUGCUGAUUUUUUUGCUGGAAAAGCUGAAGAAAUAUUGGGAAAUAUUUGUUAUAAAUCCACUAGUAAUGAGGUAGUUGCUGUACUAGAUCCACCUAGAGCUGGCAUUCAUAAGAAAGGAGUAUUUCAAAUUCGAAAAAUCUUAAAAAUUAAUAAAGUUGUCUACAUUUCGUGCAAUCCUGCUGCAGCAUUGGAAAAUUUUGUUGAUUUCGGUAGACAGGAGUCAAAAAAGGUUAAUGGGGAUGCUUUAGUACCCACGAAAGCUAUAGCUGUUGAUAUGUUUCCUUAUACAAAAUAUUGUGAACUUGUCAUUUGUUUUGAAAGAUGGAGCAAAAUAAGCAAACAUUUUGAAGAUGAAACAAAAAAAGUUGUUGAAACGGAAGAAAACACAAAAAUGGAGGAAAUCGGAAUUGAUAAAAAUGAAUUGACAACUGUGGAAUUAGAAUAAAGAAAUAAAUUUUUAUGUGUUAAUUUUUAAUAAAGUAAUAUUUAAAUAUUCCCAAUUUUUGGCUUUACUUUGUCAAAAAUAAUUGACUUUGUUUCCAAUGUUAGUUACAUAAGUACGAC